CCCCGUGGAAGAACCUGUGUUGACGCUCCCUGCACCGACUGUUGCCCGCACGCGGGACCCUGUAAACCGUCGCAUCAUCGUUCUGAUUGCCAACUACCGCGACACAAAGCGAUGCAGUGAAACGCUGGACUCGAUCUUCUCCAGAGCUGACCGCCCCGAACUCAUUGCAGUGAGCAUUUUCGACCAGCUCAACUUUGACGAAGGCGAGAAGAGGUGUUUUGAUGCGUACUGUGACCUGGUCGGUGAGGCGAACUGCAAGCGCACUGAGCGUCUUCGCCGCAACGAUACUGUCAGCUACAAAGAGGCCAAGGGACCGACUUACGGCCGGUACCAGACGGAAGAAGGCGUGGAUUUGUCCAUCGAUACGUUCGCCAUGGCGAUCGACUCGCACUUGAUCUUCAUUCCCCACUGGGACACGGACUUGGUGGGCCAGUGGGAUCGCAUUGGCAACCCCAAGGCUCUCAUCACGGUGUACCCGGACGCCACGGAGAACAUGCCGCCUGCGGGCGAAAAGCCAACGGGUGUUAUCCUAAUGUGUCACGCGCGCAUCGAAAACAACCAGCCGGACUCGAUGGUGCAGUAUAGCUCCGCCAUUCGACUGCCGUCCCCUGCGGAACCGGUGUUGAUGUCCCAGUUCGCCGGCGGGUUCAACUUUGGGUCGGCGGAGUCGGCGGUUGAAGUUCGCAACGAUCCUCACGCCGUCUAUUUGUUUCACGGCGAAGAGUACUCUCGCGUGGCGCGUUUGUUCACGUUUGGAUACGAUACGUACAUCCCGACGCACAUGUUGUGCUACCACUGGUACGAGAAGCGAAAGGGGAUGUGGGACGAAGAUUGGGCGGCGCGAUCUGUGAUUGCGAAGCGGUCGCAACGGCGUAUUCGAGCGGCGUUGGGGCUGGUGCCGUCAUCGGAUGACUACGACAAGACAGACCUGGACAAGUUUACGAUCGGGACGAAGCGCACGAUGGAGCAGUUCCGCGCGUUCUCCGGCAUCAACCCUGACGCGGC